AUGGAGAAAGAUUCGGAAAUCUCCCACAUUGAAUCUAAGCGUGAUCAGAAUGCGACGGUCAACGAUGGCGCUGGUCAUGCUGUCCAAUCAGAACGUCAUAUGGGCUUUCGUGAGGCUAUCCGCUUCUAUCCCAUGGCAGUCGUCUGGUCGGUAGGAUUGUCCACGGCGGUGAUCAUGGAAGGAUAUGCGGUCAUGUUAUUGUCCAAUUUCUACGCACUUCCACAGUUCAAUCGCAAAUAUGGCCAACUCCAGGCGGAUGGCACCUACGUUAUCUCCGCACCUUGGAAAUCAGCUCUUUCCAACGGAGCGGUCGUGGGUGAAAUUAUAGGCCUCUUCUUGACAGGCAUCUUCCAGGACCGAUUCGGUUACCGUUGGACGAUCUUCGGAGCACUUUGCCUGGUCACUGCGUUUAUCUUUGUUCUAUUUUUCGCGCAAAAUGUGGAAAUGCUUCUGGCUGGGGAGAUUCUGUGCGGCAUUCCUUGGGGCGCCUUUCAAACCAUCACUGUUGCGUACGCCUCCGAGGUCUGUCCUGUCGCUCUCCGGGGAUACUUGACCACCUAUGUCAACCUUUGCUGGGUCAUCGGCCAAUUUAUUGUUUCUGGUGUGCUGAGAGGUGUGCUUGAUAGGCCAGACCAGUGGGCAUACCGAAUCCCAUUUGCUGUGCAAUGGGCCUGGCCUAUUCCUUUGAUGAUCAUGUGUCUGUUGGCUCCGGAGUCCCCCUGGUGGCUUGUCCGCCACGGCCGACAAGAGGAAGCACGUCAAAGCCUUGUGCAUCUCAUGAGUCAGUCACACGACAUAGUGGAUGAGACUUUGGCAAUGAUCCAGUACACUGAUAACCUCGAAAAAGAAGCCUCAGCGGGCACUUCUUACCGGGAAUGUUUCAGGCGGUCGAACCUGCGGCGUACAGAAAUUGUGUGUGUGGUGUGGCUGAUCCAAGUGAUCUGUGGAUCACAACUUAUGGGCUAUUCGACUGUGUUUUAUAUUGCAGCAGGACUCCCCGCCAGCUCUUCGUUCAACAUGUCCCUGAUCCAGUAUGGCCUAGGUGUAUCUGGAACGGUCCUCUCGUGGUUUCUCAUGGCACACGCAGGCCGACGAACCCUUUACCUGUACGGGAAUCUUGCCCUUUUUGUGCUCCUUCUAAUCAUCGGCUUCGUUUCACUGGCACCCCAUGGUACUACCACGAAUUGGGCCAUUGGGGCAUUACUUUCCGUCUUCACAUUCACGUAUGACCUCAUGGUGGGACCUGUCUGUUACUCCCUCGUAUCAGAGCUGCCGUCGACACGACUGCGCGCGAAGUCUGUGGUUUUGGCUCGGAACCUUUACAACGUUGCAAAUAUCGUGGUUAAUGUCUUGGUAAAUUAUCAGCUUACCUCGACGGCGUGGAAUUGGGGAGCCAAGUCCGCUUUCUUCUGGGCUGGCAUUUGUUUUUGCUGCAUUGUCUGGGUAUUCUUCCGACUACCAGAGCCAAAGGGGAGAACGUAUGCAGAGCUAGACAUUCUUUUUGAAAAACAGGUGUCCGCUCGCAAGUUUGCCUCAACCGAGGUGAAUAUCUUCCAGUCAACCGUUGUCACCGAGUGA